CGCCAGCCGGGGCCGGGGCCGGGGCCCCCGCCCGCCCCUCCUGGACGGUCCUUCCCGAGGGGUGGGCGCCCCCUCGCCAGCCUUCAUCCUUCCCGUCCGUCUGUACAUUCCGGUCCUCUGAGCAGCACUCGCCUCCGGGUUUUUCUUCGGGUCUCAGGUCUCCAGGACACUGACAGAGCUUCUGAAGCAGCCGGACCCCCAGGAGCCGCUGCCUCCGCCUCUGGGCCCACCUCUGGGUAGCUGUGUCCAGGUGCAGAUGGGGGAUGGCCUCCCCCGGGGCUCCCCCAACAACACAGACAAGAAACACCCCAACAACGUGCGCCUGGGGUCAGCGACACCAGGACCCCUGCGUGGCCCCAGGCUGCAGGGCGGUGGCAGCAUGACACUGCAGCCGGACUACGCCAAGUACGCUACCCUCAAGGCAGCCACCCUCAAGGCAGCCGCGCUCAAGGCCGCAGAAGCCACCCCGCAGGACUUCUACCAGCGUUUCCCCGCGCCCGAACCUGCUCCGCUGACCCUCCCGGCGCGGCCCCAGCGGCUCCGCGAGGACUUGCCGGCGCUGCUCAACGCCUGCCCCUGGGCCCCGCCGGGCUACGCGCCCCCCGCCGGCCUUGCUCCGUCGGGACACUACAAGGCCUGGAUCGCCGGCCGCCAGGCCAGGCCGGAACCUCCUGGACCCCGGGUUGGGGUCUUGGGGUGUCCUCCCCUCAGAGGCGACGGGCGUAGCCUGGGCCUCGUUCUCCGGGGAUCUCGUCGCUACCCAAGGUGGGAGGGGGAGGAGAUUGUGCUGGACAGGGACCCCGAAGAGUAG